GAGAGGUUUGAGAAUUAAUUGGCAAGCCAAGAAGAGAUCAGAUAGAUAGUCAGCCUACAUCAUGAGUUGAAGGACCACUGUUGAAAGGGACGAAUGGGGACAAUGCAGCAAAGGGCAGAUUGUAACAAGAUUAGUUAACCAGCCAUGAAUAGCAAUGGAAUGCAUCGACUAGCCCAUCACUGUUCAUCCUAUGUGAAGUGUUUGAGAGCCCUUUGUAGACUUGACAGUCAACUGAGGACAAGUGUGCCAUGUGUGGUGAGGUACUUUACCAAGGAUGUGGACAAUGGCAGAAACACAGUUGUGUCGCCUGCGGUCAUUCAGCAGUUUCUGGUGGACAUGAAAAUGCGGUUAGAACAUGGCUAUACCACCAUUAUCAGUCAAUGCCCCAAGAUCACAAGGUCAACUCAAGGGUCAUCUCAUGGCAAACUGUUUAUCAACACAACAUCUGGUCACUUUGUGUGUGAACACUGCAACAAACAAGGGGCAUGGACAGAUCUGGUGGACAACUUGCUCUUACUGAAGACACAAAGGAGAAA